ACUCAUAGAAUGGUUCUUUUUUAUAUGUAUAUAUUUAUAAAAAUUAAACUGUCUAAAAAAGUUUUAAUCUAUUUUAGACAAUCAUAUUUUCAAGACGAUUCCUUUGAUGAAGACAAAAUAAACGCCAAAAAAACAACAAUUUCUAAACAAACUUUUAUAAAUGAAUUUUUAUCUCCGAGUACCACAGGCGAUAUUCCAGUUUCACAGGAAGUCCUGGAUACUGAAUUUUGGGCUAAACACUUCAAAGCAUUUACAUUUUUAGGUGACAAAUGCUGUCUCCAUGCCAGGUUAUCUGUAUCGAGUGAACAGAGCUUGAAAAUCGACAAUUUUUUCUUGCCCAAAGAUGUUAAAACUAACAUAUCCACAAAUUUAAUUGACAAUAUCAGUUACUGGUCGUCAGAAAAGGAUUUGAAUUUCUCUGAAACAGACAUAAGUGUUAUUUCUAUGCUUACGGAUGAAACGUACAACAAAAGAAAAUGGAGUAAACCAGAACUCAUGAAAUGUUCCAACGUCGAGGAUUCACCCAAUAUCGGAAAUCACCAGCGAACCACAAACGAAAGCGUGAUGACGUCCCAAACGGUCAACGAAGAAUGUUUUGACGAUUCCAAUUCGACUAAAAGUGGUCAAGCGUUAAAUAGCAGCAAUGUUAUGGAAAUAUCAUUAAACGAAGACAAUCAUUCCGCGGGUAGUAUGUGGUAUAGUCUAGUUAAUGAACCCAAUUGGCAACAAAGUGUUCCAGAUUUAGUCAAAGAAAUAGUAGAAAGUAUGUCGGUACUAAAUGUAUCUCCGAUAAAUAAUAUUUUAAGUACGGAUUUAACAGUGUUAAUGGAAAAUUGUUCUUUGGAAGACAUUAACGUUGUAGAAUAUUCCUCAAUAGUAAAAGAAAAAUCUACUCAUUCACUCGGUCAUUUUGUGCUCAAUGAAAACAAUCCAAACCCAAUACCCAAAGUCCAGGAAAAGUCUGAGAUACGACUUGAAAACAAAGUAGACAAUAUAAAGGUAUGUAAAACACACAAUCUUCAAAUAGAAACAAUUAAUUCUUUCGACAGAGAGAGUUUCAGCAACGAUUGUAAAAUGAUUGUAUUGGAAGAAGUGAGUUCCCCCAAUGUACUAACGGACAAAUUGAAUACAUUGGAAUUGACAAUAAAAAAAAAAAGUGAAAAUACCAAGUUGGAUGCGUCUUCAAGUACAUUGGACAAAACCAUAGAACAAAUUGAGAAUUUAAAACUUUCUCCCUUGGCCGAAAGCGAAGAAAUGAAAUCGUUUACAAGCUCAAUGAUUGAACAGAGUGUUGAAUUUGGUGAAAACGAGCUAAGCGAAUCACAACAAGUUUCAAAACCAGAUAUUGUCGAUUUCAGUAUUAUCGAACAAUUGAUGGAACCUUCUUCUACAUUGUCAGAAAGUAAAUUAGCGAACAGCAGCUUAAAUGAUAAUAAAGAAACAGUCAUAAACAUUAAGGAAAAGGAAUCUGUUGUAUCGCACGAUUCAGAAAUGUUGGCCGGUAUAAAAGUAGACGACAUGUCAUUGAUAAUGGAUUCGCUGAAGAAAAGUAGUAUGUCCGAAUCUUUUUAUAGUAUUGAAUCAGAUAACGUGACUGAAGAUAACAAGAGAAAAAUAGAGCCUGUUCAAGAAUACAAAAACGUUGAAAAAAAAAUGAAAGUUGAAGAACCCAAAACACCUACUUCAAAGCUGUUCAAAAUUAAAAAUAUGUUUAAAAGCAGUGAAAAACCAAAAUGUAAUUUCAGUUCUGGAAAAGAAAACACACCAUUUUCCAAACCUACGAGCUUAAGAAAACCAGAAGUAAAUGUAAAAAGCAAAAUCCCUUGUAAAGUAUUGGUCAAAUCAAUGACGAAAAGCAUUGAUUUCAACCUGUCGGAUUGUUAACGCCAGAAGUUGUCAAAUCAAAAACAAAAUUUUUAAAAGUUGGCGAUCUGGUUUUUGGCAACCUCUCAAAUUCUGCCAAGAAAUACCAAGAGGCCAUU